AGUUACUAGGGUUACUAGCUAAUGGAAUUGUCCUGCAUUCAGUGAUAAUCGUGAUCAUCGUGAUAAUAAUGCGUACGACUCCUGUUAUAGUAGUCUGCGUUGGUGGUUGGAUUUUGUGGUUGUAUUUAAAUGAGUUGUUUUGAUGGAUUUGGUCGUUUUGGUUAUUUCUUCCGCAUAAAACGGUAGAAUAUUAGGUAUGAGUACCCAGCGGGGGAAUACUAAACGUACGCGACCGCAGAAAUAUAAAAAUACAACUGCUUUCAAAAAUGACUUGCAUGACACUAGUUCCAAGAUUAAACAGAUGAAUGACAUCGAAAUCAUGAAUGUGUGUGCCAGAUGUAAGAAUAUAUUAGAAUGGAAAAUUAAAUUCAAAAAAUAUAAAUUUAUGAAAGCUCCUAAGAAGUGUACGAAAUGUGAACAGAAGACUGUUAAAAGUACAUAUCAUAUUAUGUGCAUUCCAUGCGCCGAGAAGGAGAAAGUGUGCCCAAAGUGUGGAAAAUUUGAGGAAAUAGUGAGGAAAACCGAUCCCGACCAGCAGAAACUGGAGAGCGAAUUACAGAAUUUGGUCAGGGGUCUACCAGAAAGAAAGAGACGGACAUUUCUUCGUUUGAUAUCUCGAAAAGAGAAGCCUAAUGGUGAAGCAGUGGAAGAUAUUGAAAAAAUCAAAGAAGAGGCCAUGAAGAAACUUUCUUCACUGAAUUUAGAACUGGAAGAGGACGACUGUGAUUCUGUCGAUAUUUCUGACCAGUCUUACAGUGAUGAAUGAUAGUGAAAUGUGCUUCUGAUGAUUGAUACUAGAGCUUGGUCACCCUGAACUGUGGUCAUCUUCAACUGACACUCAACCGGCCUUGAAACAUGAAUGCCAUUAAAAUACCACUAUCCAGCUUAAAGAAUGUUCUCCAAAAUCCUUACGAAGCAUUUUGAGGAUUUCGGUGGAGGAUUUACUGAGCUUCACGCAAAACUUGAUGCAGACACAUUGCUCAGUUUUGCCAUCCGCCACAGACAAAAUGAAACACAAGGUUGGAGAUGCACUCGUAUAAAUACAGUACGUUUUCACAGCCCGGUGUCACCUGGCAGACGGAUGCAGUAGGCUUGCAGAAAUGUGACCUCAGCUCCCCUCUCAUCUUCCACCAAGGCAGUUAUAACAAUAACAGUCUGGGAGCUUUCCAAUAGCAUCAUGUACAAGGCACACACCUAGAAUAAUGUGGCUACAGAGCUUUAUUGCUCUGUUUGGAAACCAAAGUUUCUUUUGACAAAAAUGCCACGUUUAUAGUUAUCUUUUUGCUGGAUAUUAUUUACAUUUGUGGCUAGUACACAUGCAUUCAUAUAUGCAAUACAAAAAGAUCAGACACCUACCCAUUAGAAUGUAAUUUUCUUUAGUUAUGGCCAUAUUGGUUUAGGUGUAUGAAUGAUUCCACGUGAUCUGCCACGUAACUUAUACCUUUUUUCCUUGGAAUGUUGUUCGUUUCCAAUGUUACAUCUCUGACACUUUCUGAAAUCGCUUUCCUUCUUGGAUACAUUUUAGUUUGGGGAACAGGAAGACUCAUUAGUGUUUAUACCUCAUAAAUAAGGUGCAUGGGAAACAGUCACAUGCGUUUCUUCAAGGAAUUUCUUAUGGAGUGUGCCAAGUGAGUUGUUAUGUUGUCACAGUGCAGCAUUCAUGACACUGAUUUUAGUUUUUCAUGCAGUUUCCAUUAAAUUUCAUCUCCAAAUAAGACUCUUGAUUAGCUCUCUUUAAGGUCAGAUUUUGCCAUGAACACUAAUGUUUCUUUCCUUGCUGACUGAUAUGUGGAUGCUUGGUGUGUGGAUAAUCUACAAUGGAAAUUCUGCUGGUUUUAAAUCUACCAAAUCACUGAAUUGUAUUUGUGUAGCUGAGAAUUGCUUCUCAAAAUGAAUAUUUAAGUAUUUAUAGGUAUCUGUGGUCUUAGUUUGCAACAGAAUUAGAAGCAUAUGUAUUGUGUAAUGACAGCUGCCAUGAAGGUGUGUAUAGAAAUCAGUGCUGAAGCAGCGACUUCCCUCUGGCUGGAGUUGUAUCAGAAACAGUUGUUAAUAACGUCUGUAAUUUGUUGUGUGAAAAGUAUGUUACUGAUGGAAAAUAAAAUAUCUCCCAAAAUGUUA